CGGAGGGCAAUUAAAUAUUCAAUCACCUGAACAGACAGUAGCCUAGAAGUGUGCGCAGCGACCCUAUUCUAAUCCGAUUCCCCUUCAGUUUGAAUCCGGGUGCUGGAAUACGGGUGAGAGAUUCCGCUUGGGCGAUUGCGACCAAGGUCACUAAAUAUAGUAGUGAUGAACAUUAAACGAACUAAACUCAUUUACGAGAAGACAACUCAGCUAAAUAGCUUUGAAUGACUGCAGGUAGUGUAGGCUAAAUAUCGAUGACUAUUGUUACCCGACAGGCAUUACUAAGCAUAUAGGUCAGAUUAUAUGGGUAUAUAAAUGUACAUAAUAUACAUGUAUAUGGCCACUCCAUAUACUGGAUUAUUUUAAGUGAACCGUGAGAAUAAAACAUGAAUAUACUACUAAUAUCAUCUGUGGUUUUAGUGGUGACUUACCUCAUCAUAAAAUGGUUUAAAGAUCAACAUAAAACACCUCUACCCCCAGGUCCAGGAUUAUUAGAAUGUUUAAAAAUUACCUGGAGAAUGAUGCGAAAAAAUGAUAUUCAUUUAAUGAGUGCUGAUCUAUGCAGACGUUAUGGAGAGAUAUUUAAUAUCAAGAUCUUUUCGGAGAAUAUUGUGAUGCUCAACAGCAGUCGGGUGAUUCGUAAAGUUUUGCUGUCCAGUCAAUAUCGUGACUUAACAAACGAUCGACCACCGACAUUUGUUAAAAAACAUUUAAUCUAUGAUGGUCAUGAUAUCGUGUUAAGAAAUUUUGACUUAUUUCAUGUCAAAUUAAGAAAAAUUGUUCAUAGAUCUAUGAAAUUAUAUGGGGAUGGUGUUCAUGUAUUCGAAGAUAUGGUGAAAAAUGAAACAAAGAAUCUACAAAAUCAUCUAGAGACUUCCAAUAAAACUUGUAUCGACUUAGACCGAGCUUUAACGGUUUCUUUGAUAAGGGUAUUGCAUAUACUUUUAACCAAUGAAGCACCUAUUGAUACUAAAGAUGUUUGUGAAACUAUUGAAGAAUAUGACCAUUUCAUCAAUAUAAUUUUCAAGUCUUCGAACAACAUGGUUCUCACAAAAUGUCCAUGGGUUCGUUUUGUACCUGGAUCAUUGCGUCAGAUGUGGAUAAAUACAAAGAAUGCACAGAAUCGACUGAAUGAUUUAUAUUUAAACCCCACUAUUAUAGAGAGAAUGAAAUCCCAUGGCAAAGGUAUACUCGGUAAUAUUUUAAACGAAGCUGUAGAUGAUGAUGAGAUUGAUGGGGACUGUAUUAAAGGAAUCCUCAGCAACAUGGUAGUGGCUGGCUAUUUAACAACUAAGGGAGCUUUAAGUGGAUUUUUUUUGUUGAUGCUUUACUAUCCAGACAUUCAGCACCGUAUUCAAGAAGAAAUUGAUGAAUAUAUUGGUAGGAACAGAGAUCCCAACCUAGAUGACCGAUCAGUAAUGCACUAUACAAACUCCGCCAUUUUAGAAUGUUUGAGAUUCAUUAGUCAUAUUCCAUUAGGAAUUCCACAUAUGAAUAGAGAAGAAAUAGAAGUAGAAGGAAUGCGGAUUCCAGCGAAUGCUACAAUAAUAUGCAAUUUAUGGAUGAUGGCCCAUUCGGAUCAAGUAUGGAAUAACCCUGAUUCCUUCUUGCCAGAAAGAUUUUUAGAUGACGCAGGUAAACUACUUCCUGCUGAACAUCCACUUCGAGCACAAUUUAUACCUUUUGGAACUGGAAGAAGAAACUGCGUGGGUGAAUCCUUCGCAAAAUCGCGUAUAUUUCUGUACGUUACGUCAUUAUUACAGAAGUUUACUUUUUCACCAGGUGAAAAUAAAUUAGCACCUUUAGACCCAGCAACAUGGAAACCUAAUGCUGCCAUGCAACCCGAUUUCUUGAACUGCUGUGUACAUACUAGGUAAAUGACCAAAUAUCGGUUAAUGCCACCGAUAUUGAUGUCUAAAUUAACUGAAAUAAAAUCUUAAAUGUUUUUUUGGGGUCCCCAGCUUUUCUGUGAAACUAUUAAAUUGUGUCCUCUCUUUCUCAGGUCAUUCUGUCACACUUUUUGAAACGUAAUAGCAUUAUUUUUGGGAAUGGAUAAUAAUCAAAGUUUGAAUAUAAAAAGGGGGUUCACAUCCUACUUUUCUGUCCCAUAAUGUAAAUGUAUAGUUCACCAACCAUUGCUAUAUUCAAUAUGGUAAUGUAACGUUUUUGAAUAGCUAUUGACCCCAUACUCCAGUCUAAGUAAUCGUGGUGAUACUAUCAGGUCUUGUCAUAUAUUGAGGUCAGUGGUAGCAAUCGUGUUGACCGUAUUGAAACGUAUUCGAACGUAUCUGCACGUAGCAGAUCGUGGACUCGAUAGGGACAACCCUAUCGUAAAGCAUCACACGACAGUGAGAACCCAGCAUAAACAAGAAGACUAUUAAUGUUGUUCCUGCUUUUGGUUUUGUAAGAACUUUUUGGACUGUUGAGUUCUAUGGUAGAAAUAAGUGGUACUCAUCCAGUCGCCCGUAUAACUGCUAUCGUGGGAUUAUAAAAGUAUAUUUGUAACUCAGUAAUAUGAUACUUGUUAUAUAAUAUUAUGUAUAGUAAAAUUUAAAAACUUGUGUUAUCAUUUCUUCUCAUCCUCUCCCGAACUCUUAAUGUAGCGAGCCGAAUUUUUUCUCCAGUGGAUGUGGUAACAUUGUAUAGUAAUAUACCUAUGUAGAUAAAUAAAGUAAUUCUUAUCUUGGUUUA